CCGGCAUUGCUGGGCACUGACUGGUGGAACUGCUGGGCACUGAUGGGUGGCACUGCUGGGCAGCACUGAUGGGGCACUGCUGGGCACAGGUGGGUGGCACUGAUGGGCACAGGUGGGUGGCACUGCUGGGCACAGGUGGGCGACACUGGUGGGUGGCACUGCUGGGCACUGAUCAUCAGGGCACUGAUCAUCAGUGCCCUGAUAAUCGGUGUCGAUCUGUCCUUUGACAAUUGCCAGUUAUCGGCAGUACUUUCCUCACGCUGUGACAGCAUGAGGAAAGCGCGCAGCCGAUCGCCGGCAACUGCA